AUGUGGUCGAAAAUAUUUAAAGCCAGUAAUCACGGACUCGUCCGCGGUGUGGCCAUAUAUUCGGUUACCUGGCCGGUGAGCAGUUUGAUACAACAGACGCUUCAGCCGUCUGGAAACAAAACCAUUGAUUUACAACGAGCGGCAAAGUUCAGUAUGUAUGGUGGACUUUUUGUAGCACCCACUUUGUACGCGUGGAUGAGAUUUGCCAGUUAUGUUUGGCCUUCAAUGACAAUUACUAGUCAUAUAACUAAGGCAGUUGUUGAACAAUUUUCAUAUGGUCCAUUUGCAAUGGCUAGUUUUUUUUUCUUCAUGACACUUUUGGAUGGAGGUACAAUAGAAGAUGCUAAAAUGGAAGUUAAAGAAAAAUUUGUCUCUACAUGGAAGAUUGCUGUAAUGGUUUGGCCGAUAUUACAAACAAUAAAUUAUUGUGUAAUUCCUCCGAGAAAUCGUUUGAUAUUUGUCAGUUUCGCUGGAUUGGUAUGGACCACAUUUUUAGCUUAUAUAAAAUAUCAAAAGAAUAAAUCUAUACCAAUAGCUGACAAAACAACGGAUUGAUAAUUAGUGUUAUGUAUUUAUUUGACUGUUAUGUAACUAGGUUUUUGACAUUUUUUGUUAUUAUUGAUUAUUAUUGUUAUUAGCUCUUUAAACUAUUGUUGCCAAAUAUUAUACCUACAUAAAUAUAAUUUAUGUCUGAACCUUUAUCAAUGGUGUAUUUACAGGAUAGAGAAAUAUCCAAUCCAGAAAUUCAAUAAUACCUUAUACAUAAGUAUUUUUUAUUUGAUAACUAUUCCAGUCAACAUGAUCCAUUUCAUUAUAAUUAAUUCCUUCACCUCAACUCUGCCUUCCAGAAACAUUGUAAAUACACCAUAUAAAUAAUAUAAUAUUUUAAACUACUUAUGCAAUUUGUAUUUUGAAAACUUGCAAUACAUUUAAAAUAUUGGAACAUUCCUACUUUUGUUAUUUGAUGACACUAGUCAAAAAAAUCGUUAUUUAGUUAAAUAAUUUAUACAAAUGCAAUUAUCUAUUUAAUGUUAUAUUAUUAAGUCCAAAUGUCCAAUUGAGGGUUUUCAGUUUAGUAUAAAUGGUGUGACAUUUUAAAUUUUGAAAUGUUCAUAAUCCAUCUUAUAUUAAACAUGUUCUUAACUGAUUGAAUUUAAAUUGUUUUUAUAUUACCAUUAUUGUAAUGUAGAUAAAAGGGGGAAUUUUUGUUAAUUUUAAUUUUACAUAUUGUAUUUAUUUAUAUGUAUUAUGUAUUAUAUAUAGUUUUUUAUGUUUUUCAAUUAUAUGGUCAGUAUAUUUGAUUUACCUAAAUUAUUUUACCAUUCCAUUAUAUUUAAAUUGUUCGUCUCAAUAAUAGAUUAAUAAAUAAAAAUGUAUACCAAUGUUAAUAUUAUAUAUUUUAUUUUGAUGAUAAUAUAAUUGCCAUUUUAAUGGAAGAAGGGAUGUUUAUGAUUGGCUGAUCGGUUUGUGUAAAAAUAAAGAAGUUUAAAUAAAAAUAUAUAAUUUCUGGUUAAAA